CCAGGCCUUUGUACAGCAAGAGCAAGAGGAAGACCGCCAGCCCACCUCGGCCCCCCAGCCCGCCCCAAGGCUCCCUCCAUGGCCUCCUGCAGGUCUUGAGGUGACAAGGCUCCCCACAGUGCUGCCCCACGCAGUGCCAGGGCAGUGCCACGCCUGUAAUCUGCGGCGCCAUGCCCGGUCUGAGGGCGCCGCUGGACUGUUGUGCCGAUACGAAGGCCUGACUCUCCAACGGGUCACCUGUACAGCAAGAGCAAGAGCAAGACCGCCAGCCCGCCUCGGCCCCUCAGCCCGCCCCAAGGCUCCCUCCAUGGCCUCCUGCAGGGCUUGAGGUGGUCAGGCUCCCCACAGUGCUGCCCCUCGCAGUGCCAGGGCAGUGCCACACCUGUUAGCUGCGGCGCCAUGCCCGGUCUGAGAGCGCCGCUUGUCUGUUGUGCCGAUACGAAGGCCUGACUCUCCAACGGGUCACCUUUACAGCUAGAGCAAGAGCAGGACCGCCAGCCCGCCUCGGCCCCUCAGCCCGCCCCAAAGCUCCCUCCAUGGCCUCCUGCAGGGCUUGAGGUGUUCAGGCUCCCCACACUGCUGCCCCACGCAGUGCCAGGGCAGUGCCACACCUGUAAUCUGCGGCGCCAUGCCCGGUCUGAGGGCGCCGCUGGACUGGAGUUGCCGGAGCCAGUGUUGACGUCGGACAUGAUGCCACACAUUGAUGACGUAGCGAUCAAUCCUAACCCCGGGGAGCGCGCCGAGGCCAUGCGCCAGCUGAUCAACCGCCUGCCAACCGCCAACCGCCUGCUGCUACAAUACAUGUUCAAGCAUAUGGGACACAUCAUUGCAAGGGUUGUGCCGAUACGAAGGCCUGACUCUCCAACGGGUCACCUGUACAGCAAGAGCAAGAGCAAGACAGACAGCCCGCCUCGGCACCUCAGCCCGCCCCAAAGCUCCCUCCAUGGCCUCCUGCAGGGCUUGAGGUGGUCAGGCUCCCCACAGUGCUGCCCCUCGCAGUGCCAGGGCAGUGCCACACCUGUAAGCUGCGGCGCCAUGCCCGGUCUGAGGGCGCCGCUGGCCUGUGGCUCGGGAUUUCUCCCCAGCCAGGCCUUUGUACAGCAAGAGCAAGAGCAAGACCGCCAGCCCGCCUCGGCCCCUCAGCCCGCCCCAAAGCUCCCUCCAUGGCCUCCUGCAGGGCUUGAGGUGGUCAGGCUCCCCACACUGCUGCCCCACGCAGUGCCAGGGCAGUGCCACACCUGUAAGCUGCGGCGCCAUGCCCGGUCUGAGGGCGCCGCUGGACUGGAGUUGCCGGAGCCUGUGUUGACGUCGGACAUGAUGCCACACUUUGAGGACGUAGCGAUCAUUCCUAACCCCGGGGAGCGCGCCGAGGCCAUGCGCCAGCUGAUCAACCGCCUGCCAACCGCCAACCGCCUGCUGAAACAAUACAUGUUCAAGCAUAUGGGACACAUCAUUGCAAGGCAUCUUGUCAGCCGUCCCAGCCUCUCGUCACCCUUUUCCCCGCUGGACUCUGGGUAAAGACGUGACCAACCCCAAGCCUCCAGCCUCUUCUCACACCUCCAAGCCUUUCCCCGCUGGACAUUGCUUCGAGACGUGAUGAACAACAACAGCCUCCAGCAUUUGCCACACCUCCGAGCCUCUCUCCUCGUCAUUUGCCCGGUGGACCCUGGACGAGGAGGACGUGAGGAAGAGGAGGUGAAGAUGAAGACGAGGAAUAAGUGAAACUACUACAUGCCUGAGAUGCCCCGCCCCGCCCCAACCCACCAUCAUGACCUGCCCGCCCCCCUGGCAUAAAUUGAAACUCCUAAAUGACUGACUCUUCGAUGUCUGAGACGACCCACCCUGCCCUGCGUCAUGACCUCCCAGCAUAAAUUGAAACCGUGCGCUGAAUGGGUGACUUUUCAGUACUGGAGGUCCACUCCCUGACGCCCCGCCCUGCCCCGCCCCGCACGUCAUGACCUGCCCCGGCGUCAGUUGGUA